UUCCACCACCACCCUACCCUACACACUAAACUCUUUGUGUUGAUGAGGAGAGCUGCAUUCCCAUUGGCUCUGCCUUCACUAGAAGACAAGAAACUGGUAAAAUCUGCUGUUAGCUGCUGCCCAGCGGGCUCCAAUUACAGCAACGGUGGUGUCCAUGGUACGCCCCCCCCCCCCCCAUGGCGGGGCCACUAUGCGUCAACCAUCGUUCUGAUUAUGCAGCCACAGUCUUCCAGCCCAGGUCAAAAAGAGACAAGAGAUCGCAGGUGCUCAAGUCUUGUUUGUGUUCCCAGGAAUACCAGUGGAGGGUUUCUGAGCAUCGAUCCCACCGCCCCGGCCUGGGAGGGCACACUCACACCAGUGAAUGGAAGUGACGAGGACCAUCCUCCAAGUGACAACGUGGAAAUCCUGAUCGUGACUUUGCUGACCUUCACCUUUGCCCUGGGCGGGCUGGUGGGAAACGUGACCGUGCUCUGGCUGCUGGGCUGCCGCAUGCAGAGGAACGCUUUCUCUGUCUACAUCCUCAACCUGGCAGGAGCUGACUUCCUCUUCCUCUCCUCCCAGGUUGUAUACGCCCUGGAGGCGCUCAUCAACUUCCAUUCGGUGUACUUUUCCAUCCCCAGAUUUUUCACCACCAUGUGGACCUUCGCCUACAUCGCGAGCGUGAGCCUUCUCAGCGCCAUCAGCACCGAGCGCUGCCUGUCGGUCCUUUGUCCCAUCUGGUACCGCUGCCACCGCCCAAGACACACGUCAACUGUGACAUGUGGCCUGCUCUGGGCCCUCUCCCUGCUGCUGAGCAUCCUGGAAGGGAAGUACUGUGGCUUCCUGUUUAGGGAUUUUGACCCUGGGUUGUGCCUGGCGUUUGAUUUCGUCGCGGCCGCCUGGCUGAUUUUCUUAUUUGUGCUUCUCUCUGGGUCCAGCCUGGCCCUGCUGACCAGACUGCUGUGGGGCUCCCAGCGGAUGCAGCUGACCAGGGUGUAUGUGACUGUGGGGCUCACAGUGCUGGCCUUCCUCUUCUGCGGCCUGCCCUACGGCAUUCACUGGUUCCUCGUAUUCUGGAUUCAGCAGGGUUUUGAUGCGUCCCUCUGGCAUCUUUAUCUGGCUGCGCUCACCCUGUCCUGUGUCAACAGCUGUGCCAACCCCAUCAUUUACUUCUUUGUUGGCUCCUUCAGGCAGCGGUGGCCCCGGCAGCGGAAGACCCUCAGGAUGGUUCUCCAGAGGGCCCUGCAGGACGCAUCCGGAGGGGAUGAAAGCGAAGUCAGCCUGCCUCAGGAAACGCUGGUGAUGUCGGGAAACAGUCUGGCGCCCUGAUUUGGCGUCUGCCUCAGUCAGACAAAUGUGGCUUUGAGAACCAACUUUGUCCCUAUCGGUUUGGGAGGUUUUCUUCACUUCUCUCAGCCUCGGGGCCCCUGACCUUCAAACCCUAAAGUUGUAAGAUAAACCUUACGGUUAAGAUAAUAUCCUCCCUCGUGAGGACUGCGACGGUACCUGUGAAACAAACACUGAGUGUCGCAUCUCAGGGACUGCCUUCCCCAGGGCCUUCGCUCCACCCCAAACUCUACCAACUCUGGGGUCCGCUUUAGGAGAACCCCACCUUCAGCACAGGCUGAAAGCAGCGCAGGACGGUCUAAAUUCCUUUGGUCGCUGCACUUGGGAGGGACUGGAAGAACAUUCCACGGC